GCAGUAUUUUGAGCAGCCUGUAUUUGCAUUUUUUCAGUAAAGAUGUUCAAAAUCACGAUCUAUUUGAUGGCAUGUGCGAUGGCCACCGUAAUGGGCGUGGACCCAUCCUCGACACCGGUCAUCGUCAACGGAUUGAAAUAUCAAUGCCAGGCUCGAGGUGAUUAUUUGGGAGCUUGCUCCGCCCUGAACAUCAAUCAAGGCGAAUUUACCUGCGACAACCUUAUGUGUGCGAAAUUAAUCGAAGAGGGCGUUUAUGAAGCAGUCCCGACUGGACCUGUUUUGGAUUACACUGCGUGCGCUAAGGGAAAAGUUUGCAAGGCAGGAAAAUGUGAACGUGUAGGACCAGCAGGUGUUCCUCCCCAACUGGGACCCGGUCCACAAUAUUCGUGUCGUCCACCAGCAAGUACUGUGGCUGCAGUACGUCCCCAAGUCAAUACCGAAACCGCAGGAUCAAGCGGUCAAAUUCCAAUGCCUGCAGUACGACCCAAAGUGUGGGCCUCAACUGUAGAUUCAAGUAGAGUUGAUCCAAUGCCUGCAGGACGCUCUCAGGCGAGUACCCCAGGUGCAGAAUCGCGUGGUGGAGUCCCAAUACUGGCAGUACGUCCUCAAGUCAGAACCCCUUCUCCAAGACCAAGCCAUCAACAAAAUAGCAAAACAAUUAUUGUGGAACCGAAUACAUCUGCACAAAAGAGAAAAAGAACACAGUAAAAAAUAAUGUAUUAAGCUCGAAGUAGGGUAAUAUGGGGCAAAAUGGACACUUAAGGAUUUAAGUAAGUUUCAUUGAUGAGCAUAUGGUCUUUUAACUAUUUUUGAAUCCCAAAAUUGAUGCCCAGUCUUUGUUUCCCGAAUUUCGUAAAAAAAAAAAAAAAAAAUUCGGGGCAAAACGGACACGAAUGCAAAAAAUCAACCUUGGGCCCAUCGUGCUGGGGUAUAUUUCGUAUUCACUCUAUAUUGGAGACCCACCACUGAUUCAUGGCUCUAGUUUCCGGAAUAUCUUCAAAAAAAUUUUCCGGGGCACAACGGACACAGCCUCCAAGAGGCAUAAAAAUCGAAAUAUCGAUAUUUUUCGAAAUGUAGCAGUUGUCCUUUGAAAAUUGGAUUUACUAUGUAACAUGCAAAAAAUGGGCACACACCUUGUGUACAAGUGUUGAAGACGAAGCUGUCAGCUAUGAGUGCGAUUUUUGUAAAAAAUGAAUAAAAAACCUUUUUUCCUUA